AUGAAUCUAACAAAAUCUCGUCUUAUCUCACUCUCCCCGUCUCUCUCACGCAGACUCUUCAAAAGGAGAAGUGAAGCCCAACGCCAAAACCGUAAGCUCACCGCUCUCUCCCAUACUCGCCGAUCUUCUACCGAUACAGGGGGAGCCCAAAACUAUGGGAAGAAAGACAACACAGGCAAAGCUUCAUCCUCGGAUCAAAAUAGUUAUGCUGCUUGGGCGAAAGAAACACGUGAAUGUGAAGAGAAAUAUAAGGUGGAUAGAGAAUUUGGUCUAUCAGAUGCAGAAGUUGAGAAACGAUUAGAGAUCCAUGGGUUGAAUGAACUUGAGAAGCAUGAAGGACCAUCAGUUUUCCGUCUAAUUUUAGAUCAGUUCAAUGACACACUAGUUAGAAUCUUACUUGUUGCUGCUGUGAUUUCUUUUGUCCUUGCCUGGUAUGAUGGUGAAGAAGGUGGAGAGAUGGAGAUCACAGCAUUCGUAGAGCCUCUGGUAAUUUUUUUGAUACUAAUUCUUAACGCGAUUGUUGGUGUUUGGCAAGAAAGUAAUGCUGAAAAAGCUUUAGAGGCCCUUAAAGAAAUUCAAUCAGAACACGCAGCUGUCAUACGCAAUGGUAGAAAAGUUACAGGCUUACCCGCAAAAGAACUUGUUCCAGGUGAUAUUGUGGAGCUUCGUGUAGGGGAUAAAGUCCCUGCUGAUAUGAGGGUCUUGAAUCUAAUCAGCUCAACACUUAGAAUGGAACAGGGCUCUUUAACUGGAGAAAGUGAAGCUGUUAGUAAAACCACCAAACCUGUUGCUGAAGAGACUGAUAUCCAAGGGAAAAAGUGCAUUGUAUUUGCAGGGACAACAGUUGUAAAUGGGAAUUGUAUUUGUUUGGUCACAGAAACAGGGAUGAAUACUGAAUUAGGAAAAAGUGCAUUCCCAGAUCCAUGA